ACUCUAUCUGAUCGACUCUCCGCCUCGACAAGGAUGGCAACAAAAUCAAGAGUAAACGGAGCUCGACGGCGACGUCCGAUUGCUUGUCGCUGCGUUGAUCUGUGUUCCUGAAUCCGAGGUAAUCUCCGCCGUCAAAUCAGCGGUGUGUUAUCAGUACAUGUGCUGCUAUCAACGCUUGGCAAUACGAAGCGAUGCUCCAUAGUUAAUCCAGUUCUGUCGUAUCUGAGGCGAGCGUCUUCAACCUGGAAAAAUUGCCUAUAUAAGGCGAGGUCUUCCAUCUUUGACCUCUGCUCGUUGUCGCCCCUAACUUCUUCCAUCGUGUCAACCUUUCCACCGUGCUAGGAUGCCCGCAACCCAUUUCCCCUCGAUGGGCAAACUCGCCCUGGGUGCAAUGCACCUUGCCUCUGGUUUUCAUAACCACAAUCUUCAGAGUUGCCCAGGGAAUAUCCCAGUGAGUUGCAGCAACACGACCGCGGUGCCGGACUCUUGCUGCUUCAACCAUCCCGGAGGAUCUCUCCUCUUGACUCAAUUUUGGGACACCAAUCCAGCUACGGGUCCUUCAGACUCCUGGACUGUUCACGGACUUUGGCCCGACAACUGUGACGGCACGUACGAGCAGUUCUGUGAUUCUUCUCGCGAGUAUUCAAACAUCACGGAGAUCCUCCAGGCGCAGGGUCGGACCGAGUUGCUGUCCUACAUGCAAACCUACUGGAAGGACUACCAAGGCGAUGACGAGAGCUUCUGGGAGCACGAGUGGAACAAGCAUGGCACUUGCAUCAACACCAUCGAGCCCAGCUGCUACAGCGACUACAAGCCCCAGGAAGAGGUCGGUGAUUAUUUCCAGAAGGCUGUCGAUCUUUUCAAGGGCCUCGAUACGUACAAGGCUCUUGCCGCUGCCGGCAUCACUCCCAGUUCGUCCAAGACAUACAAAUUGAGCGACAUCCUGUCCGCUCUGUCUGCAAUCACCGGCCAUGAGCCCUCGGUCGGCUGCAGUAAGGGCGAGCUGAAUGAAGCUUGGUACUUCUUCAACAUCAGGGGCAAUCUCAUCAAUGGCAAAUACGUGCCUACUGAUCCGCUCUCAUCUUCUACCUGCCCCUCCUCUGGCAUUAAAUACUUGCCCAAGCCUGCCAGCGGCAGCCAUAAUGCCACACAUCCAUCUUGGAAGUUUGGGGGUAAGGAGGGAAAGCACGUCGUUCGUCAUGACUGAGCGUCCUGUCGAAUGGAGAGAAACGGCGCGGAUGCAUGAAGUCAAAAAGUCCUUAAGGAACUCGCAACCACAGAGAUAUCCGAGUGCCGCGACCCCCAUAUCGCGGCCAGUCUGUACAUUUACUGGAAGCAACGAUGCGGUUAAAAAGCACACGACUUCGAGCCGUGUGUG